AUGGCGAUGACGGUUGCGAUGACGAUGACGGUGACGAUGGUGACUCGGAACCGCGCAGUUACCUGGCACUCUGAGCUCGACUGCGACCCGGUGGCUGAGUGUGGCAGCGGCGGCGGCGGCGGACGACGAUCGCUCAGACGCUUGUCCUCUAAUGCCGAGCCGUGCAUGGUGUCGGUCAAAGGAAGUCAUGUAAAAUACGGCAUUUCGAAGAUCCUGCGCCGCCCAGCUGCCACCAACAUGGACGUCACCCAAUUGGCUGCGAUCAUUCUGCUCGUGCCGGUGGUCGUGCAUAGUUUCCUGUUCCCGCUGAAGGAUGGCGCUGUAUGCAAGGAUAACGCCGACUGCGUGUCACCCUCGUUCCCCCGCGGCUGCUGCUUGAUGACGGGUCUGCAGCACGGUAGGCCGGUCGGACGCUGCCAGCCCAUCCCGAAAAUCGGUGAAUACUGCGCCCCGGGUGACCGCAGUCGCAGGAUCCUCGGCUACUCGGUGUACACAUUCUGGUGCCCCUGUGACGUCGGGCUGACCUGUCAGCCGAUUAAACUCAGCCGGCUGCCCUCAGGGAUGGACGCCUACACAGAUCCGCAGUGCGUUCCCGAAGCCUUCCCCGAGUACGUCACGGCUCGGCCAAUUGGUGCAGAGCUCGAGCUGGGCGUCACGGCGGUGUAACACAACCAGAAUGCCGUGAAACACAGGCGUGAUGGUUGUAAAGCACAAAUAAGACGUCUUGUAACUUUGUGGAAUGGGGAGUGUUUCUCAGCUGCGAGGUUCGGAAAACUGCAUAAAAAUUGUAUCGCACAGGCGAUACAAUUAUAAUAUAGUCGUAUAACCCAGGCGUAACGGUCGUAUCACAACGGCAGGAUAACACUCGUAGCGCCCUUGUAACACCAGCGUAACGUGAGGGUUAUGUUUGUACAAAACAGGCGCGACAUUCGUGAAGCCCAAAUGUGACGGACCUAUAGGCGCGCACAACGGAGUAUUACGCAAGCGAAGGCCACCUUUGACAUCACGAUGGAACAAGCCGGCUGUCACUCUGCCGAUCAGCCUAUAGAUGUAAUGGUUGUGUGUUCUGGACGUUGAUGGCAUUUAAGUGCAUCGAUGGUAUUAUCCCGACACCGGGUGAAGCGUUCUUGUGAUCUUUGUACCUGAAACUUGUAGUUAUAGAUGAAUAAGACCAAUGCUAUCUCCUGUAGCUUUUCUCACAUGGUAGUGCAUAUUGGUGGUAGACGUUUCAUACUUUUCUACUGUUUUUUUUUUCUCGGCUAACAAUCCUCAUCUCUUAUUUCUAUAGAGGUCGUAGUGGUAAGCUAUCAGCGUAAUUUUAUGUGACCGAACCAGAGCGACAUUGCAUUUAUAAGAGUGUGAUUGUUUAGGUUCGACUUUGAAAAUGAUUUGCUUGCAUGUGCAGAAAGUGGGCAGAAAUAUUGUAGAUAUGGCAUGCCCUUCAUAAAAACGUAGAAUAGAAUGAUUGCAGUAAAGCAGGACAUCUGAGAUGUAUAAUUUACACUCUAUUUUUUCUGUUCGUGCAGUGUGUUAUAUUCAUUAACAGAGAUGUGAAUUGUGCAUAGCGUCUGCAAAGUCGAUUGUAAAAUCAGCAGAGUAAUCAAUGCAUUCUUAAAAGUUGUGUCGCAUGAAUACUGAGAAGCAUAGAGGAAAUGUUGAGAUUACUGCCGAUAGAUUUAUUUUUAAUUGAAAGAAACCGGGCUUCACAACGGCAUUGUAGGUAAUGGUUGUUUUAUGGGAUAUAGGAUACGGCUUGACCAGUCCAUGUUUCUAGGAGUUAUUACCCAUCCAAGAGACGGUUGUUUGAGCAGAAAAAUAUGACUAAAGGCAAAUACAUGAAUGAAUUCCCUGAUAAAUACAGUAGUCUGAACAGCA